AUGGAAAGUACAAAAGACGUUGCUGACGCAUCUAAUGUGUCUUCUGUAGCCACUGAAGUGAAUAUCGUAGCUCCAGCAGAGACCGAAACAGAUAAUUCAAUUGUAGAAGGGGACAUCAAAAACGGCAACAAAACCCCACCAAUAGCCACUGAUGAAGGUGCUGAAAGCAAGAAUGAAAGUGUAACCCCAAGCGUCGUUGACACCACAGAAAAUGCAAAAAAUGAAGAAGAAAUUGAGAUAAAUGAAAAAAUUGAACUAAUAGCUGAUACGAAAAAAUUGGACGACGCGGAAUCGAAAGAGCUGGACGAUGCAAUCAAAGAUGCCGCUCCAGAAGAACCUGCGGUCAAUAAUGAGAACAAAUUGUCGGAGGAUCCUGUGAAACCAGAAGAAACGAAGGUACCUCUUUUUGGGUUAAAUAAAUAUUGUGUUUUAGGAAGGGGAUGAACUUGAUGACGAUGAGGUGAAGACGAACCCGGCGUAUAUUCCCAAAGGCGGUCUUUUUUACAUGCACGACACGAGGUCUUCUGGAGAAAAUGAGCAGACUACUGGCGAUAAUACCAAGAAAACUCGAGCUGAUGGGAAAUGGACUCAUGAUUUAUAUAACGAAAAGCGUCAGACACCAAAGUCAAGUCGUGAAUUGGAGAAUGUUUAUGGUUUUGAUAUAAGAUCAGACGAGAAGAGCCAGACUCCAGGGGCAAGUCAAAGCGUAAGGAAGGAUCCACCAAGCAAAAAAGAAGCCGACGGAGUGCCCAGGAGUAAACCUGGACAAUUUAAACGUCAAUCUAUAGCAAGACGAGAAGAAAAGGGACCAGAACGACAGACAAGGCCUCGAGGUCCACGAACAUUUAAAAGAUCAGCCCUGCAGAACAGAAAAAGUCAUGGAGAGGGUAAUCCUGAUUGUGGACAUGACACCAUUGGCAAACAAUUUAGUCGCCUUACUGUUACAAAUUCUGUAACCAAAGACAUAGAUGAUGGAGAAACAAAUGGUUUGAAUCGAAACUAUCACCAGGUGAGAGAUUUUUGGGGGAACAUAUAGUUUAGUGAUCGUAUAGUUACUAUUUAGGAAACAUGUUGUCUUUCGAUGAUUUUAACGUUUGUAAUUUUUGCUAUUUUCAGCCUGAUAUUCGUAAACGUUCUCUUCGCCACGCCCCCGCUCCAGCGCUUCCUGUUGGGUUGGUUCCAGUUUCUGUAACACUAGCAGGUCCAUCUCUGGGACAUGCUCCGGCAGUACAAAACAGUUUUAAUGCAAGACCGAGACAACCAACGGACGCCGUCUACUUCGACCCGAAAACUCACGUCCAAAGGCCGCCACCGCAACCACGUGAGAGAAGACGGCUGCAGUUUGUACCGCCACAGUAA